AUGGCCGAAGAGGCUAAUAAAGACGAUACUCUAGACGAGUCGACGUUUAAGAAGAGCUUAGGAAGAAUAGGAAUAAUUAGAAGAGAGGAUUUAUCGCUACUACGCCUUAAGUACCGAUCCGAGGAACCCGCGUAUAGGCAUAUCGUGGAUGCCGUAGUGGCUUUAGACGCUAUUACCUACGAAGCGUUGGUAGAAUCUCUACGCCUAGGAACGCUAGGAUCUACGAUAGAUCCCUACCCUACUCCUCUAGUUACUAAAGAUACCUCUGUCCUAGAUUCCUCUAUAGCCGGUCUUAUACCCUUAAGGGCGGUCGAGUAG